AUGGCUUCUAAUCCCCCAAGAGCUUGUUGUGCCCAAACCAAUUUCCACGAAGGCACUCCAUUAGGUACACAUCUGGAGAUUUGUGGUAUAGAUACUUAUAUUGUUGGAGAAUCUAGUAACAUCUUAGUUAUCUUAACUGACAUCUUUGGUCAUAAAUACAACAAUGUUAUGUUAGUUGCAGAUGCCAUUGCCAAAACAGGUUACAAAGUUUUAAUUCCUGAUAUUCUCAAUGAUGAUCCACUUAAACCAGGUGAUGAUUUCCGACCAUGGUUACCUAAACACACACCUGAUAUUACUGCUCCUAUAGUUGAUAAUUUCUUAAAACGAGUCAAAGAAGAAUUGAAACCAACUUUUUUUGGUGGAAUUGGUUAUUGUUUUGGAGCAAAAUUUGCUAUUCAGAAUUUAUCUACUACUGGGUAUUUAGAUGCUGCAGCCGUUGCACAUCCAUCAUUUGUUUCAAUUGAAGAAGUGAAAGCGAUCAAACGUCCAAUUAUCAUUUCAGCAGCUGAAACCGACGAAGUCUUUGCUCCAGAAUUGAGACAUCAAACCGAAGAUGAAUUGGCUAAAUUAGAAGGCGUCAGAUAUCAGGUUGAUUUAUUCAGUGGUGUUACACAUGGAUUUGCUGUUCGAGGUGACAUCAAAAACCCAAUUGUCAAGUAUGCUAAAGAAAAGGUUUUGGCUGAUCAAUUGGCGUUUUUCAAUAGUGUUAUAGCCUUGAGAGAUCAAUUCUAG